CUUGUUGCGACUUGCUGGUUUGUUGAUUAUGUCGUGGCUAUGUUUAUUCUAUUCUUGUUAAAAAUGAUUAUAAUACGUUCGUAACCCUUUAAAACGGUCGCAAAUGUUAUAAAAUUAGUGUGUGACUAUUGAAGUGAUUUCGGUGAAAAUUUGACAUAAAAAAUAACAAUGACGGAAUUACAACCGUUUUUCGUUGAUCGUGCGAAACAGAGCCGUGCUUGCUGCAAGGGAUGUAAACAAAAUUGUCUAAGUGGUGAUUUAAGACUCGCUAAACUAGUCGCUAGCCCUUACGGUGAAGGCCAACAAAUGAAAUCCUGGUACCACGUUGAUUGUUUUAUGGACAUGCUUCUAAAACAACGUCCUACAACGAAACGCGUAGAUUCAAUCGACGACAUUGGAAACUGGGACGCUUUGAACAAGGAGGAUCAAAAGUUAAUAAUAAAGAAAAUAAAUGAAACGGAAAAGUUGUAUGAAGAGAAAAAUAGUGGGAAAUAUAAAGCGAAGAUUAUUAAGAAUGAAUCUUCGUUUCAUAAGAAUAGUUCACAUUCUACAGACAAAAAAAAUAAGGGCGAAGAUGAUACUUCUAGUUCCAGUAAAGAUAUUGGUGUUGAAGAUAAUAAGUUUUAUUUGCUUUCAAAAUUGUGUAAGAAGAUUGCAGAAUUAGAUGCGUACACAGGCAAAACAACAGCUGUUAAAAAGUUUUUUACAAAAGGGUCGGACAACACGUCCUUUAAGGGUGAUUUAGCAUUAUGGUGUAAACUACUAUUACCCCAAGUUAGUAAAAGAGUUUACAAUUUAAAAAGUAAACAACUUGUGAAAUUAUUUUCAAGAAUUUUUAACACAGACCAUGAUGAUAUGUUAACACAUUUAGAACAAGGCGAUGUAGCCAGGACUAUUGAAAGGUUCUUCUCAAAAUCAAAAACUGUACGACCUGCAAAUGAAAGUACAUUGACAAUACAUGAAGUAGAAAAUUUCCUUGAAGACCUAUCAAAAUUAACAAAAGAGGAAGAACAAAUACACCAUUUUAAGAAAAUUGUUAAAAAAUGCACUGCAGAGGAUUUAAAAAUGCUUAUACGGUUAAUCAAAAGUGAUUUACGUAUGAAUGCAGGUCCAAAACACAUAUUAGAAGGUGUUCAUCCAGAUGCAUAUAAUGCAUUUCAAACUUCAAGGGAUUUAAACAUAGUGAUUGAUAGAGUUCUUUCACACGGAAGUGGAGUAAACAAUAAAGAUGCAACACAGAAAAGUGUAGAAGCAAAGCUUGUUCUAAUGACUCCUGUGUUACCAAUGUUGGCUGAAGCUUGUAAAUCUGUUGAGAUGGCAAUGAAAAAAUGUCCAAACGGAAUGUUCUCUGAAAUAAAGUAUGAUGGAGAAAGAGUCCAAGUUCAUAAAAAUGGAAAUGAAUUUAAAUAUUUUUCAAGAGCUUUGAAACCUGUAAUGCCACAUAAAGUUAAACAUUUUAAAGAUUAUUUGCCCCAAGCAUUUCCUAAAGGUGUUGAUAUGAUAUUGGAUGCAGAAGUAUUGAUGGUUGACAUUAAUACAGGGAAACCAUUACCAUUUGGCACUUUAGGUGUUCACAAACAGUCGGAGUUUAAAGAUGCCCAAGUUUGUUUAUAUGUUUUUGAUUGCUUAUAUUACAACGGGAAGGUAUUGAUAGAUAUGCCUAUAAGAAAACGGAGGGAGAUUCUUCUUGAACACAUGGUUGAAGUAAAGAACCAUGUGAUGUUUUCAGAACAAGAGUUGAUUAAGAAGCCUGCUGAUUUGGCAAAAAUGAUAGCUAAGGUUUUACAACUUGGUUUAGAAGGUUUAGUUUUAAAAGAUCUGGAGUCCACUUACGAGCCAGGAAAGAGGCAUUGGUUGAAAGUGAAAAAAGAUUAUCUCUUUGAUGGAGCUAUGGCUGAUACUGCAGAUUUAGUUGUACUUGGUGCAUGGUUUGGCACCGGGAAGAAAGGAGGAAUGAUGUCAGUAUUCCUAAUGGGUUGUUUAGACACCAACCGAAACCGUUGGGUCACCGUAACUAAAGUACAUACAGGCCACGACGACUGCACUUUAGAAAGGCUUCAGAAAGAGCUAGAACCCCUGAUGGUAAAGAUUUCGCAGGAAUAUAAUAAGAUUCCUUCGUGGUUUGACUGUAAUAGAGGAAUGGUACCAGAUUUCGUUGCUUCCGACCCUAAGCGUAUGCCCGUUUGGGAAAUCACAGGCACGGAACUAACGAAAGCAAACAUACAUACAGCUGAUGGUAUUUCUGUGAGAUUUCCUCGUAUAACACGAAUCAGGAACGACAAGGAUUGGCAGACAGCUACCAACUUACAAGAGCUUGUAAACCUAUACAAAACGUCUAAGGAAAAGACCGACGUGUCUUUGUUAAAUAAACUGGCCGCAACCGCCGAAUCUGACGAACCACCGAGCAAGAAAAUGAAGGAAAGCCCUAAGAAAGCCAAAAUAAAUACACUUGAUACUUUUAUAAAGAAAGAAAUAUCUCCUAAACAAAACACAGUCGACAAUAUUAAGAAAGAGAGAAUUAAGAAAGAAAUGAACACUUCUAGCUCAUCUGUUAGCGACACUAGCAGCAGUACAAUUAUAGACGAGUCAACGAACGAUAUAGAUGAUGAAGAACCUGACUUACAACUAUUACCAAAUAAUCCUUUGCCAGAUGUCUUUUUAAAUAAAAAACUAGGUUUUUAUCCCGAUUUUAUAAGCUUCUCUGAAGACGAACAAAUGUUCUUCGAGCGUCAUUGGAUUGCUUAUGGGGGAGAAGUAAUAAAGUCAAUACGUUUUUUGGACGUGGAUUAUGUUGUACAUAACAGGAAUAAUAUAAGUUUUAAGAAUAUGCAAGAACUUAUUAAGAAAGUGCCUAAAAAUGCGAGACAUGUUACAAAGGAAUGGUUAAACCAUUGUAUACAUGAUAUUAAAUUAUAUAAUACAGAAGAAUAUCCUGUAUUUGUUGAGCCUGAGUCGUAGGUAUUUAAACUUAGAGUGGAUUAAAACUUCGUAAUAUAGGGCUUUUCAACAAUAACUUUGUUUUGUAAAUCAAAAUAAAACAAUAAAUUU